CUCGUCAUUUCUUUUAUGUCUUUUUAUUUUUGGGAGCUCGCGGUUUUUUAUUUUAUUUAGUUUCAAGUCUGUGGCCCAUCCCGAGGAAAUAGAAUUCUAGUGCUAGUUAAAACGCAACGAUAUAGUAUAAAAGUAGUAAGUGGGCAAACGUUAAAAAAGACUGUAAUAAUGUUUUCCUUGGCCCAAUUCGAAUACUACUUUCAAAGGCAAUUGAAGCAAAAACAAAGGCAUCCCCCAACAAAGUCUUUCAAGUGCCUCGAUUAGAAAAAACAACAACAACAACUAUGCAUUUAGGCCAAUAGGUUUCCCUUAAAGAACCUCAGAAAUACUGUGAAAAGUAGGUACUAGCUGUACGUAUACGCAGCAGCAGUGUGUCUUGCUUGCAAGUUGCCGCCGAGCGGAGCUAAACUACUGGGCAACGACGUGGACGACAAGACUAUGCACACAUUUUGGCAAUCCAAUUACACAAGCUUAGGGGAUCUAGUGUUCGUGAUCGGGGAACGAUAGAAAGUUUCCUCUUAAAGGGAAAAAAGGAAAAAAAAAUAAGAAAAUGAAAAAAGCGGUAGCUCGUAGAACUUUAAUAAAUUGGUCGGAGUAAAAUAUUGAAGACGAGAGAUGUGGGGCUACAUCAGCUACUGCGUCGUGUAAAAACCGAUCCAGCGGCAAAUCUUCUGGAUCCGUUCGAGAGCACGGAAGAUACGUAUAUGCUCCGUGAAAACCUUGCCGCUGUAAAACAUGGAAUAGUAUACAGCGUGUAUCACCACCUAGUGGUAUUUGUGUAUUUGUCUGACACGCUCCCGCUUCCUGUGUAUAUACGCGCACCCGUUUGAAAUUGGAUUUUUAUCUUUUUCGCCUAGUGCCAGAUUCGCGGUGUAUUUGUUCGCGAUGUUCUGACUGAUUUGCUUUUGAAAUCGGAGCGCUAUAUUGAUGUUUCUUCAAGGAUGGCCUUGCAUGUGUCACACUGAGGGGGCAGACAUGUUGAAAAUAGAAUCAGCACUCGCUACAUGAGCUCUCUCCAUGUCGCUGCGCUUAAAACUCUCUGAGCUAGAUUAUUUGUCGAUGUUUUCUUUUAUUACUGCGCAUACGUCCUUGCAUUCUUACGCUAAAUAUGAUUAGGAGGCCGAUAAAUCCUUGCAACCUUCGUGAUUAUUACAUGUGCGUAGACGCGUCACAAUUAGAAGGGCGUGUACAUUGUAAGAAAAAAGUUUAUUUUGGGUUUUUUUAAUUCAAAGGGUGGAUUAUUUAACUUUCUUAUUUCUCCAACUACCCUUAGGGUUUAUUUUUAUAGCUCAAAAGAUGGAUGGAAUAUAAGGAUCUUAUUUAACCGAAGACAAGUCAAAAGUCUCAAGGGGCUGUUGUUUUCUGGUGGCUGGUGUAUUACAUUUGGCCUCGAUAUGAAAACCCAUUGACCUUGAUGACGUUACACUUUCCCUCUGAUGAGACAGGUAACAAAAGGCAUUUUCUCCAAUAGCCAAUGAGGAUAUAUCUAGUAGAAUGCGCCCCGUCGUUUUAUUACGUUGGGUAGAUGUUUAUCUUGUCUUAGUCGUGGCGCUGUAGAGUCCAGCAGAAAAGUGGUCGAGUCCUCCGCACACGGUGUCAAGUUCCUUUUUAUUAUUUGUCGUCUUGGUUUUUCCUUGACUGUAACAUCAACUUUUCCGGAUAAAGUCGUAGCUAUGGAUCACCAAUUUCGUGUCUCACCGUUCAGCUUGAUUGUUGCUGGAGUCGCUUCGUGUCUCCUGGCAUCUUCAGUGCUAGCUACCGGUAAUAAUAGCGAAACUGGCGCAGUAACUACAACAGAAGCUAUCAGCACAGCUGCAGAACUCUACAACUUGCCAUGCCUACCGGAUUCGGCGUUGAACGCUUUACUCGUCCAGAUGCUUAUGGCCCUGCAGCCGUACUUCUUGUCCACCCAAUACCAGCAACAGAGAAUGCAAUUUUCUAAUAACAAUGAAUUAUUUACUGCAACAAAGGAAACGAAUCAACCGAUAAUUAGGACGACCGUAGUGACUUCAAGCGUUGUGUCGACUUUGACGCAAACACUUUCAAAAAUAAUUUCCAUUUGGUUUCGCAACGAGCGCAUUCCGACCACCCUUUAUUCGCAAGCAACAACGGUCAUGACUGAUUUCAUUACAAUUACUUCAACCCUCAACGUCGAACCGACUGAAUGGAACCGGGAACGCAGGGAGCUGAAAGACGCCACCUUUUUGGAAUCGUCUUUAAUCGAUGAAGAUAACCUUGAUGCUGGGUAUUAUAGAACCCAGCCGUUACCUGAGGAUGAUGAGUCUUUUGACGUCCAAGCUCUACUACCUAUUCAUCUAAGUCAGCCUCGAGUAGUCGAAGCCUGGAACAACUUUUUGCGCGUAUUAGAGGAAACUCAAAAUAAUGCAAGAAAAGGAAACUAAGAAAAUGUUCAGACUAUAAUUAGAAUCUCAGGGGACCUUCGGGUGAUUGCAAUUUUUUAUAUUGGCUUUCUUUAUUCGAGAUCUACCAAACAUAACUAUUUUAUCAUACUUUUAAUACACACACAAAGAAGCAAGUUUGUACGCCUGAUUUUACUUAAUGUUUCGUUAAAAAUAAGCUGUAAUACCAAGGUUUAUACAAGAACAAAGAAUGUAUUGAACUCCGGGGAAUAAGAUUUAUAUUAAAAUGAAUUAACUGAAAAUUGGAAUAUUAGUGGCUGCGAUAGGGUGCGAUACAUGAUUCGUUUAAAUAAUGUUGGUUGCAGAAUUGACGUUUGAAGUUUGCGCUUGUCGGGUCAACAUGUUAACCGCCUAAAGGAGAAAGAUAAUUUAGUUUGUUUUAUCCAAUGUACGACAAGAAUUUGGUUUACCUUAUCCAUAACUUGCUGACGAAAGAAUCCGUUGGCGUAAUUCGAAACGGCCCCAGUUAGGUUUGUGCCUUUGCCUAACUUACAUCGCAGAUACCCAUACACAUUAGCUCCAUUCAGAGAAAGAGCAAUACAAUCUAAAACUAGCCAACGAAAGCUGAAUCUGAAUAUAGCAAGAAUGAAGAGGAUGGACCAUACUAGAGGGAAAACAAUUAAA